AUGUCGGAGGAGACAAUUACGUCUAUGAAUGAUCAGGCAGUUAAAAUUGGACUACCAGAAUAUUCACCAGAAGACAUUAAACUCGAAAUGGAGGAUGAUUUUGAUGAUCCCGAUGUUAGUGUUAAAUCUGAAUCGUGUGCUGAAGAUGAGGUGAGCGACCCCAUCGAUGCAGUAUAUGCAAUAAGACAUUCACACUAUCAGCUGAUACACAGUGGAGUACGACCCCAUGAAUGCAAUAUAUGCAAAAAGACAUUUACACAAUCAGGUCAUCUAAAAAGUCACAUGCUGAUGCACAGUGAAGUAAGUCCCCAUGAAUGCAACAUAUGCAAUAAGACAUUCACAGAAAGAGGUAGUCUGAAACGCCACUUGAUCGUUCACACUGGAGUACACCCAAAAAGACAUUCACAGAAAGAUACAUAA